AGCCGGCCCAAGUCUACGGUGACUCGGAGCAGAGAGCGGCUUGAGUCCGGUUUGAAGACAGUCGUGGGGGAGGUGACUUGAGGUCGGAGUCGAAACGAAACCCGAUGGUGGCUAAACCGGGGACCAGUCGAGGCCCGAUGGUGAGGCGUGACCCGUGGUGGCAGAGGAGUCACGACAGCUCCGGCGGCUCGAUGGAGACCGUAAGGCAGAGCUACAGCGGUUUGAGCAGGCAACUUGGAACGGUGAUUCAUAGCAGUUGCAGGGCGGCUCGUGGUAAUGGCGGGUUAACACAACAGAAGAGGCGGACCAUGGUGGCUUUGGGAGGCACGAAACCAAGGCGGCCAGCAUCCCAGAGCUCCGACGGAGGCAGGUUGGCGAUAUCGAUGAGGCAGCGACUCAGAACCGGCGGAGCGGCCGGCGACUGAAUGCCGUACCUACAGUUCACUGGCGACUCGGGAUAGUGGUGGCUCAUGGCGACUUGAACUGGCGAGGCGGAGGGCAACCCGGAGUAGUGAGACACGCGGGGCGGCUCAGGAUUCAAGCAAGGAGAGACGGCACAAUGACACCGCAGCGGGCGGCUCGAUUCGGCGUUGAACCAAUGGGGGCAGCCCAAUACAGGGUCAAACCGAAGGUGGUCGUUGACUUGGUAACUUGUUGAUGAUGCGGGGCGGAGGCGAUCCUCACGGAAGAAAAUUUCGUGGACACCCGCUGCAAAGCCCCUGUGCGUACCCCUGCCCAGAUUUGUCCACGUGUCCCCUCCUUACAUCCGACCGCCGCCGUUCGUUCCGAUCCGUUCGCUCCUUCCGUCGGCUCGGGAGCGCUCGCUCGGCUCCAAAUACGUGCGAUCCCGGCUCCCUGGGCUCCGCUCGGCUGCAAAAACUGCAGGCAAUCAGCUCCCAUCGUUAUGCCUUUUCAAUUAAAUACGCAUACUUGUGAUUGAUAGCAUCUGUUUCCCUUGAAUAGCGGCGAUCUGAUCAUGGCAGAUGAGACUGAUGGCGGCCGAGGGAACCCUGGUCCGGCACUCACUCCGCCGGGGGAGAGCACAACUAUGUUUGCCUCACGCCCAAACGCAUCAUCAUCCUCUCCUUCGCAUGGCCGCAUCAGCCUAGAAGGAUAUUCAUGGCCGCCGCAGUUUGAAGCUGCAGUACCGUCGAGAAGGACGGGAGCGGCCAUGACGGACCAUGGUGGCACUGCCGACGACUUGUCCCGCAUAAAUCUCUCGAAUGAGAAUGGUUGUGCGCACGCCAUGAACUUGCAGGCCCCACACGUCAUGUCAGGAGGAGGAGUCCGGGAGGAUACGACCACCGCCAUGAUAGGAGAAGGAGGUCAGCAGGACGACGGGGUCGCCGGUGUAGAGCAAAGAAUGCAGGCGAUUGAUAAAGUUGGACAAACGUUGAUUGUUCCAAAAGUUGGAUUGGCUUUCGAUUCAGAGGACAGCACUUAUGAUAUGUACAACGCAUAUGCCGUCAAGGUUGGGUUCAGUGUCAGAAAAAGUCACACAAAGCGACGAGGUGAUAAAAGUAUAUCUCAAAAAUAUAUAGUUUGCAGUAACGAAGGCCAUCGAGAUACCCAAUCAUCUAAGGACACUACAAGGACAGGUUGUGAGGCUCGUAUUCAGUUUAGUGUCAACAAGGAUGGUAUUUGGACAGUGCAAAAGCUUAUAACCGAGCACAAUCAUUAUCUUGCUAGUCCCAAUAAGGUGCACAAGCUGAGGUCCCAAAGACGUGUUAUAGAAGCGGAUAGACAUCUAAUUGGCCAGAUACGGGAAGCCGGGAUGAAGCCAUCCCAGGUAUAUGACUUUAUGAUAGCAUUUUACGGAGGACCCGACAAAGUACCAUUCUCAAAGAUGGACUGCAAUAAUGAGAUUGAUCGCGAGCGCAAGAAGUAUUUAGAAUCAAAUGAUGCACAGACACUGUUGGAAUACUUGAAAAAUAAGCAAAGAGAGGAUCCUACAUUUUUUAUGCCAUUCAGAUAGAUCAAGUUGAUGGCCAGAUAGCUAAUUUCUUUUGGGCAGAUGGUCAGUCUAUCAUGGAUUACACAUGUUUUGGGGAUGCUGUAUCAUUUGAUACCAUUUUUCAGACUAACAAGUUUGAAAUG